AUGGCAGUUUCUAGUGUCAUCAAUGGCAUGAGUGGAAUGUCAUCGUCUGUUACUGAUUUUGAGCAGGUGUAUAGAAAACUUGAACAUGGAUGUGACUUAUUAAAACUCUAUUUGAAACGAAAGCCAGAACGACGUACUUUCUGUGUCAAAUUAGAGACAAGACAGAUUAUUUGGUUGAGGCCUGUUGCUGGACGAAAUGUGAUUGAAGGAUCUAUUGAUUUAAGAGAAGUUAAAGAGGUCCGACAAGGGAAGAACUCCAAAAUAUUUGAGCGUUGGCCAGAUGAAACAAGAAAAUAUCAGCAUAGUGAAUGCUUCCUAGUUCUAUAUGGCAGCUCUUUUUGCCUGAAGCAGUUAGCUUGUGUUGCAAAAAAAGAUGAAUGUGAACUGCUAAUGAGAGGUAUUCGGUACCUUGCUGCUGAAUGUGCCAGAGCUCCUUAUCCUCUAAUGGUUGAAAGAUGGCUAAGGAAAGAGUUUUACGGCAUGGAAAAUUUACGUGGAGUGAUAACUAUUAAAGAUUUGAAGCAGUUUUUACCGAAAGUUAAUUUAAAGCUUCCUACUAAUCGACUGAAAGAAUUUUUUCAGGAAAUUGAUACAAGAAGAGUUGGUGAAAUUGGUUUUGAAAGUUUUGCGUCACUUUAUCACAAUUUGAUAUAUGAUGAGCAACUAUUCAGCAGCUUAUUUGGCCAGUAUACAAAGGAUGGGCUUCGAGUUACUCUUCAAGAAUUUCAGAACUUCUUGCAUGAACAGCAAAAGGAUCCAAAUGCAUAUGAUGAAGUUAAAAUUAGUAAGUUCAUGCGUGACUACCUUCAAGAUCCUAGUCGAGAUGCACAAGAGCCUUUCUUCACUGUGCCUGAGUUCCUAGAUUUUUUGUUUUCAAAGCAAAAUGAUGCUUUUGAUUCCAGCCAUUCUGUAAUUAAUCAAGAUAUGAAUCAGCCUCUUGUAAACUAUUGGAUUGCCUCAUCACAUAAUACAUACUUAACGGGUGAUCAAGUUAAAUCUGAAUCCUCUACAGAAGCUUAUGCCAGGUGUCUUCGGAUGGGUUGUCGGUGCAUUGAAUUGGACUGCUGGGAUGGUCCAGAUGGAAUGCCCUAUGUGUAUCACGGUCAUACAUUAACAACUAAAGUAAAGUUCAUCGACUGCAUUAAAACGAUUAAAGAACAUGCAUUUGUCACAUCAGAAUAUCCAGUAAUACUUUCAAUUGAAAACCAUGCAACUCUGCCUCAGCAACGAAAUAUGGCCGCUGCUUUUAUUGAAGUUUUUGGAGAUUCUCUUUUGACGCAACCAAUUGAAAGAGAUGGUACACAGAUGCCUUCUCCUAAUCAAUUGAAAAGGAAAGUAAUCAUAAAGCAUAAAAAACUUCCUGAAAGAGAUGGUCAUGAGGAACGAAUUGUUUUGCGCAAUGAAAGAGAUGAAAUUGGUGGAGAAUCAGACAUCAGUAAUGCUGUGAAAAAUGGGAUUCUGUAUUUAGAAGAUCCCAUGGAUCAUGAAUGGAGACCACACUUUUUUAUGCUUACUCAAAACAAAAUGUACUAUGCUGAGGAACAACAAGCUGCUGAGGAUGAAGAUGAUGCUGAAGACAAUAACACCCACCGAGAGGGCAUUCCAAGUGAUGAAUUACAUUUUGGUGAAAAGUGGUUUCAUGGUAAGCUACCUGGGGGUAGAGCUCAAGCUGAGGAGCUUCUAAACCAGUAUUCUUAUUUGGGUGAUGGAACAUUUCUCGUUAGAGAAAGUGAGACAUUUGUUGGUGAUUACUCUCUUUCAUUUUGGCGUCAGGGUACUGUAAAUCAUUGUCGCAUCAGAUCAAAACAGGAAAGAGGUCAGACAAAAUACUACUUAAUUGACACAAUUUCCUUUGACACAUUGUACAGUCUAAUUACAUACUACCAAUCCAACCAACUGAGAAGCCCCGAGUUUUGUAUGUGUUUAACAGAACCAGUGCCUCAGCCAAAUAAGCAUGAAGGAAAAGAAUGGUUUCACGCAAACAUGACAAGAAUUCAGGCUGAAGAAAUGUUGAAGAAAAUAUAUUACGAUGGUGCAUUUUUGGUACGACCGAGUGAAAAGGAAUCCAACACAAGUUGUUUUGCAAUAUCUUUUAGAGCCGAAAAUAAAAUUAAACAUUGUCGCAUCAAGUUAGAAGGACGUUUAUACACAAUAGGCACAGCACAAUUUGAGAGCUUAGUGGAGUUAGUUAACUACUAUGAAAAAAAUACUUUAUACAGAAAAGUAAAGCUUAAGUAUCCUGUCAAUGAAGAAGUUGUUCGAAGGAUAGGUGGUGCACCAGAAUAUUCUCCUGUUUAUGGUGCUCCAGGAAUGUAUAUGGAUCCAAACUGUUUUAAAUCAAGGAUCACAGUGAAGGCUCUGUUUGACUACCGUGAACAACGCAUUGAUGAAUUAUCCUUCCCGAAACAUGCUAUUAUUACUAAUGUUAGUAAAGAAAAUGGUGGCUGGUGGAAAGGUGAUUAUGGUGGUAAAAAACAGCAUUGGUUUCCUUCCAAUUAUGUUGAAGAAAUCGAACCAGCAGAAAAUAGUGAUGAAAAUUCUGCUGAAGCUAUGCCUUUAGGUAACUUACAGAAAGGCAGCAUAGAUAUUGUCAACUGUACUGUAGAUAUUUUAGCCUCCACAUCCUUUCAAGAGAGGUUUUUCGUGUUCAGGAUAGUGUCUCCUCGCCAGCAAACUCCUAUUGAAAUUGCUGCUGGUAGUCGUGAUGAAAUGACUGAAUGGGUUCAAAGGAUUCGAGAGACUGCACAGUCUGCAAAUGAUAUGUCUUUACAUUCAAAAAAAAUGGAAAGGACACUCAGAAUAUCUAAGGAAUUGUCGAACCUUAUUAUAUACUGCAGAUCCAUGCCGUUCAAUCCAGAUAAGAUUGGAAAUUUUACUGAAAUGUCCUCAUUUCCAGAAACAAAAAUUGAAAAGUUGAUAGGACCUACCAACUGCAAAUUUCUUCUAAAGUAUCAUAAAUUACAGUUCAGCAGAGUUUAUCCAAAAGGUAGUCGAAUCGAUUCUUCCAAUUUUGAUCCUAUAAAACUUUGGAACUGUGGGGUGCAAAUGGUUGCUCUAAAUUAUCAAACUCCAGAUAAAGCCAUGCAGCUGAACCAAGCUCGUUUUCUACAAAACGGAAAGUGUGGGUAUGUGUUAAAGCCUCCUUGUAUGUUUGAUGAAACAUUUGAUCCUUAUGAUAGAAUAACACUUCAAGGAGUUAAACCCGUAACCCUCUCUUUAGAAGUAAUUUCUGCACGUCAUCUAAUGAAAUCAAGCAAAGGAAUAGUGAGCCCAUUUUUUGAAAUUGAAGUUGUUGGAGCUGAAUAUGACAAUAAUCGCUUCAAAACUAGCACAAAAGAAGACAAUGGCUUCAACCCUGUGUGGAAAGAAUCAUUUACAUUUACAGUGUACAACAAAGAUUUGGCUCUAAUUCGAUUCCUUGCACAAUAUGUAGAUGUAUUUGGUGAUGCAAAUUUCCUUGCCCAGGCUUCAUAUCCUAUUAAUUGUUUACAUAGUGGUUACCGCUCUAUCGCUCUGAAAAAUGAAUAUAGUGAAGAAUUAGAACUCGCCUGUUUAUUAGUUCGCAUAGAUAUUCAGCAGCAGUGUGAUGAUGCUGUUGAAGCUUCCAUCCAACAAUCCACUGAGCAAAUUACAUUACAAUCUCAAGAUGUCAGUCAAAGGAUAGAUGCCCCUAAUAGAGGCGAUGAAGGCAGAACACAUGCUGCUUCCCACUUGCAACUCGUCUCAGUCGAAGACUAG